AUGAAGACAUAUAUGGAUAGCGAUGAGUAUAAAAAAGAAGUUGAAGCAAAUGUAAAGGCAGAAAAACUUUUACAGUUGCAAAACCAAACCGUACAGUAUGAAAACUUAGCACAAGAAAGUAAAAAUAAUGACGCAGCCAUGCAAAAGGCAAUGAAAAGCGCAGAUAUUAUAAAAGCUAAUAAUGACUGGUUAGAUGCCCAAGCCAACGCUAAAGCAGCCCAACUUAUAGGGUCAAUAAGGACAAAAAUACAAGCGGAUGAAGACAGUUCAAAUGAAGCUUUAAUGAAUGCUGACUUUAAGAAUGCCUUUGAAGCUCUUCAUAGUAAGGUGAAACUAGUGAACGACUUCUCAUCUGGAAAGAAACUGAAGUCUGAAGGUUUCGACAAAGAGUUAAGAGAAGUAGCACAAAAUAUGACGAAAAUAACAGAUGCAGCAACGAGACAGGCAGUUCAAAGUGCCUAUGACGCCGUUAGAGCAGCUGUUGUGGAAAGUCAAGAAAAAGAGUUACAACAGACCAAAACAGACCUAGUAAAUGCUUUCUUAAAAACGAAAAGUCAGGUAGGACAUUAUGCUGCAGAUGGAACAUAUGUGCCAGCUGGUGGAACUUAUAUACCAUCAAACCCUCCAAGAGAAGCACCUGCACCAGGACUACCUAAAACAUUUACAUCGUCACAUGGACACAGACACAGGCAUGCACCAAAACCAACACAACAACCAACAGUUCAAAAUCCAGCACCACAACAACAACCAGCACAGCAACCAACAGUUCAAAAUCCAGCACAACAACCACAAACAGUUCAAAACCCUGCACAGCAACCAACAGUUCAAAACCCUGCACAACAACAACCACAAACAGAGCAAGGACAUAAAAGAAGUAGAGAAAAAGGAAACCAAGAAUUCUUAAAAAUGCUUAAGGAAGAUUAUGGUUACCCAGAUACUCUUGACUUUAGUGACAGAUAUAAAGAAGCUAUUAGAAAGUUCAAGGAAGGAAAUACUGACCCGAACCUAUUUAGCUUUAUGGUUCAGCAUCAAAUCGGAUAUAAUCUCAAACCUGGAAAAUACAAGCUCGCAAAGGGAUAUGAUUUAAUAGCAUAUCAUCCAAAUGACAUGGAUGAAUUUACUCCGAGAUAUUUGAUGUCAGAGCUAAAUGAUAAUUCAACUCUCUUCAUGAAACGCGUAAAAAAUAGAGACGGAACGAAAGAAGAAAGGUUUAUGAGUCCGGAUGACUUAGAUAGGGAACUUGUUAAAAACGGUCUCGGAAUAUAUGAAAUGCCACCAGAUGAGGUACAAGAAACUCCACAGGAAGAAGUUCAGAUACAACCAGACAUGGAAGAAAUAGUUCAGCAACAACAGCUAGAAGAGCCUGAAGGAAACGAACAAGUCCCUCCUUUGGAAACUAACUUCACAGAACUAGAUGAAGAUUUGGAACAGCCGAAAAAUCUUGACCCUCAACAAGAGUAUGAGGUGAAUAUGGAAUCUUUCCAAGAGUCUAAGAAAAAUUCGGCUGACAUAGUAGAAGAAUAUCGAAAAAUGUUCACCGACAUACAAAAGACUCCAACAUCAGAUGAAAAUAUUCAGCAUAGAAUGGAA